AACUGGGCGGAGGCGACCUCAUGGGGCUCGGGGGAAGGAGGGCCCAGCCGGGGGAAAGGGAGGCGUCCCAAGAGUUCAGGGUGAGGACCGUGGCAGAGGGUCCCGGACGCGCGACCACCGGGCUCCUGCCCCGGGUUUCUAGUGGAUGAAGUUGGCCCCUCCCAGACCCCCUAUCUGGGUCACCAGCUGGGAAAGGCUGAGCCGAGGGUCGCUGGACUUGGUGAGGGGCGGGCUGUGGGCUCCAAGGUGGGCGCAGAGUGAACUGUUUCAGGCCUGCUUCUCUCACUUGCACUCGAUGGUAAUUCCAUCCCCUGCGGGUCGAGCCUCCCUCCCUCUGGCCGCCAGGCCGUCCCUCCUCUCGGCCUCCACCCCCUCCCGCAAAGCCCUGCCGCUCCAAGCCGGCUUUGCUCCUGCUCGCUGACCUCCCUCCCGGCUGCUGGCUCCCCGUGACUCCUGGUUCACCCCCCGCGGCCCCCCACCUCCUCACCCACGUCAGUGGAUCUGCAGGUCCGCUUCCCUCACGCCCCCCAGGAGUCGCCUUUGCCCAGUGCGCCCGGGACUUGGUGAAACUUUGCAGGCUCGGUGGUGAAAUGGAUUUAAUCCGAGGCGUCUUGCUCGGGCUCUUGCUGCUGGCUUCCAGCCUCCGUCCAGGCGCAGCGCCGUUCCCUGCCGCUCUCCGAAAGCCAGGCAAGUUGGGGCCUCCACUUGACAUCAAGCUGGAUGCAUUGAACUGUACAGCUUUCAGCAUCAAGUGGAAAAUGCCACAGUCUUCUGGGAGCCCAAUCACUGGAUACACAGUCUUUUACUCUGAGGUCAGUGCACAUAAUUCCCUGGGGGAGCAGUCACAUUAUGUGCCACUCAGCUGGGACACCCCAAUCACUGGACCAUCCGGCCAUCAGGCAAUUUUUGAAGAAGUAAUCGGAGAUCUGAGGCCAGGUGCUGAAUAUCGAGUGAGCAUAGCAGCUUACAGCCAGAAUUCCAAAGGGAGGCUUAGCUCUCCUCGGCACAUUACCAUUGUGUCCCAAGAUCCCUGCCUGCCUCCAGCAGCACCCCAGCGGCCUCAUGUCCUGGUGGUUUCUGACUCUGGGGUAGCCCUCUCUUGGAAACCUGGAGAGAGUGAAGGAAGCUCCCCCAUUCAAUACUAUUCUGUGGAAUUCAUCAGGCCAGAUAUUGACAAGAAUUGGACCUUAAUCCAAGAGCAUUUCCUGAUGGACACCAUCAUCAUCAAGGGCCUUGUUCCAGAUACCAACUACCAGUUUUCUGUGAGGGCUGUGAACCCCCACGGUCCCGGUCCACGCAGCCAGCCCAGCGACACUGUCAGGACCCUGAGGCCGGAAGAAGCAGGAAGUGGCCAAUAUGGACAUUAUGUCACCGACAUGGGAACCACUGUGGAUGACGAUGGGUUUGAAGACAGCCUUGAUCUGAACAUUUCCUUUGAGGAGCUUCAGGUUAAACCCCUUCCUACUACCAAAGGAGGGAAUAAGAAAUCCUUGGUGGAAAGCAAGAUGCCAUCUCUGUCUAACCCAAAGACUGCUUCCAGGCUGGCCCCCGCUACCCUGACACCUCUGCCUAGAACCACAGCGGCCCUGCAGCCCACUCCAGCGCCGCAGAAGGGGAAGAGCGGCCUGGCCAUGACGUCGAGGCUCUUCAGCAUGUCUUGUAAUGAGAUCCUGUGCUCUGCUGACAGCUUCUGUGUCAAUGACUACACCUUGGGGGGCUCACGAUGCCACUGCAACCUGGGCAAAGGCGGUGAGAGCUGCAAACAAGAUAUUGUUAUUCAAUAUCCCCAGUUCUUUGGCCACUCCUAUGUCACUUUUGAGCCUCUGAAGAACUCCUAUCAAUCAUUUCAAAUUACUCUGGAAUUUAGGGCAGAGGCAGAGGAUGGCUUGCUGCUCUACUGUGGGGAGAAUGAGCACGGCAGAGGUGAUUUCAUGUCCCUGGCUGUCAUACGGCGCUCACUCCACUUCAGGUUUAAUUGUGGGACUGGGGUUGCCAUCAUCAUAAGUAGGACGAAAAUCAAACUGGGGGCGUGGCACACAGUCACACUUUACAGAGACGGGGUGAACGGGCUGCUACAGCUGAAUAACGACACCCCAGUGACAGGCCAGUCCCAGGGCCAGUACAGUAAAAUCACCUUCCGGACUCCUCUCUAUCUUGGUGGGGCUCCCAGCACUUUCUGGUUGGUCAGAGCCACGGGAACAAACAGAAAUUUUCAUGGCUGUGUGCAGUCACUUGCUGUUAAUGGGAAGAGGAUUGACAUGAGGCCCUGGCCGCUGGGAAAAGCUCUCAGUGGGGCUGAUGUGGGGGAAUGCAGCAGUGGGAUCUGCGAUGAGGCCUCAUGUGUCAAUGGAGGCAUCUGUACCGCAGUCAAAGCUGACUCCUACAUCUGCCUCUGUCCUCUGGGGUUCAAAGGUCGACACUGUGAAAAUGCUUUCACGUUGGCCAUCCCUCAGUUCAGAGAGUCUCUGAGAUCCUACGCCGCCAUGCCCUGGCCCCUGGAGCCCCAGCAUUACCUUUCCUUCACAGAGUUUGAGAUCACAUUUCGACCAGACUCAGGGGAUGGUGUCCUCCUGUACAGCUAUGACACGGGCAGCAAGGACUUCCUGUCCAUCAACAUGGCAGGGGGCCAUGUGGAGUUCCGCUUUGACUGUGGCUCUGGAACCGGUAUCCUGAGGAGUGAAGAUCCUCUCACGCUUGGCCAAUGGCAUGAGCUGCAUGUAUCUCGCACAGCAAAGAAUGGAAUCUUACAGGUGGAUAAGCAGAAGGUAGUAGAGGGAAUGGCAGAGGGAGGCUUCACUCAGAUUAAGUGCAACACGCACAUUUUUAUUGGCGGAGUCCCCAGCUAUGACGACGUGAAGAAGAACUCAGGGAUCCUCAAGCCGUAUAGUGGGAGCAUCCAGAAGAUCGUCCUCAAUGACCACACCAUCCACAUGAAGCAUGAUUUCACAUCUGGUGUGAACGUGGAGAAUGCAGCCCAUCCCUGUGCCCACGGCGCUCCCUGUGCCCACGGGGGCAGCUGCCGGCCCAGAAAGGAGAGUUAUGAAUGUGACUGCCCCUUGGGCUUCGAGGGCCUGCACUGCCAGAAAGAGUGUGGGAACUACUGCCUCAAUACUAUCACAGAAGCCAUCGAGAUCCCACAGUUUAUUGGCCGCAGUUAUCUGACAUAUGAUAAUCCAGACAUCCUCAAGAGAGUGUCAGGAUCAAGAUCAAAUGCAUUCAUGAGGUUUAAGACAACUGCCAAGGAUGGUCUGUUGCUGUGGAGGGGAGAUAGCCCCUUGAGAUCCAACAGUGACUUCAUUUCCCUGGGCCUUCGGGAUGGAGCUCUGGUGUUCAGCUACAACCUGGGUAGUGGCAUGGCAACCAUCAUGGUGAAUGGCUCCUUCAGUGAUGGCCGGUGGCACCGCGUUAAGGCCAUGAGGGAUGGCCAAUCAGGAAAGAUUACUGUGGAUGACUAUGGCUCCAGAACUGGCAGAUCACCUGGCAUGAUGAGGCAGCUCAACAUCAAUGGGGCUCUGUAUGUGGGAGGGAUGAAGGAAAUCGCUCUGUACACCAACAGGCAGUACACAGGAGGCCUCGUGGGCUGCAUCUCCCACUUCACCCUGUCCACCGAUUACCACAUUUCCCUCGUGGAAGAUGCUGUGGAUGGGAAAAACAUCAACACUUGUGGAGCCAAGUAACACCAGCUGGCCUUGCCCGAGGGACACAGCCUCUAUUCUGAGCAUCCCAGGUGACUCAAGACCCUGCCUGAUGCUACGCAGAGAGGCCUGGGGACCAGGUGUGUUUCCUCUCAUCAAGAAGAAAGUACACCCUGAUGGAAGCUGAGCUCAGACGCAGGAGUCCCCAGUGCCCUUUCCUGCUGACACUGUGGGCCACAUGCAUUGAGAUACUCUGU